UCUGGCACAGGGAACAUGAUGGCUGCACUGCAGGCGGCUCUGAAGAACCCUCCUAUCAACACAAAGAACCAGGCAGUGAAGGAUCGUGCAGAAAGCAUAGUCCUGAAGGUCCUCAUCUCCUUCAAAGCCAACGAUAUCGAGAAGGCGGUGCAGUCGCUGGACAAGAACGGUGUCGACCUGCUGAUGAAGUACAUCUACAAGGGCUUUGAGAGCCCCUCUGAUAACAGCAGCGCUGUGCUGCUGCAGUGGCACGAGAAGGCCCUGGCUGCUGGAGGAGUAGGAUCCAUUGUCCGCGUUUUGACUGCCAGGAAAACUGUUUAAAUCCAGUGGCGAGUGGUUGUCUGCCAUCCGCGGCGUGGGGAAUGCUGGUACAAAACCCAACCAACCAAAUGCCAUGGCUGCCCUGUGGGCAGCACCUGUCUCUCAGCUUGCCUUCUUGCUGCUUCUUUCAUACCUGACAAAUAAUGCAUAUCGUGAUCUCUUUCUUCGGUUAAAUUCUGGAAAAUUAUGAAGGUGCAAUUGUAUUUCUAACAGGAGUAUUUGGUACUCGCAAACAUUUCAGUGACACGUAUAGUGACGUAUACAACUUCAUGUUUUAGGAUGAUUUGCAUUUGUGUAUAAUUAUGGCAGAUUUGGAUGCAACUUGCCAAGCAAAUGCUGAGGGACGUAGGGUAAUGUCUUAAUUCUUUUUGCUAGCCGAGCAGUGUUUUGAUGCAAGAUCUGUAUUUGAAAAGUGGGGCAGCUAUUAAUAUAGGUAACUGGACCAUGUUUCCUUUGGUCAACCUCUGAACCUACAGCCGUGAAUA